AUGACUAGAACUCAUCGAACUGAAUUUGGUGUAUUUGUAGCCGAGAGCGAACCCCAACACACGAACUGCUUCGAGCUCUUCAUCGCCAACAACAAGGAUCAGGUGAUCAAGGCCUGUAAGACGGAGGCCGACGGCCGGGUCGUGGAGGGAAACCACACGGUUUACAGGAUCUCUGCUCCGACCGCAGAGGAGAAGAACGAAUGGAUCAAAAGCAUCAAAGCCGCCAUCAGCAAAGACCCGUUUUAUGAGAUGCUGGCAGCUCGGAAGAAGAAGAUCUCCACCCUGAAGGGGCUGUAGAACCAGCUGCAGGGACACUUGGACCCAGUUCAGACGCCUCUUUUGUUCCCGUCUGAACACUCGCCCUCAGCAGCGACGCUCCUCUUCUUCACACGUUUGACGUCAGAUAUUUGCCGAAGAAGCCAAACUUUGAUGUACUGUGGACCUUUAAACCCUCAGGUUUGUAGAAUCUGCUGUAAUCGCUGCUGAAAUGAGUCAUAUUGACCCGAGAGCCUUUUCACUCAGCCGCUGCUCCGGUUUGAGCACGUCCUGAAGAGAAGAGAGCAAACUGCACACAAGGUGGAGAGAUGAAGAGUGGCGCCGAGCUUGGAGCAGAACGCAAGAUAAAAUCAAGGACUUCCUAAACCUUCAGAAAUAUUUAUAAA